AUAAUAGUGUGUCCAUACUGAAAAUAAAAAUAAUACGAAGAUCAGCCACAACCCAUAGUUUCAUUGCGUAUGGGCUUAAGCAGUUUCGCUGCUAAAAACACGAAAGAGGAGCAGGUGAAGUAAUAAUUAUUUCCGCGUUGCUAGAUUCUUCCAAAGAUACCUACCCAUUCGUUAUAUAUCCAACAAGAUUGUUGUCUGUUGUCUUCAAGUGAUUGAAGAGACAUGAGUCCUGCCAGGAAGCUGCUUAGCCAGACUUUUCUUUCGGUGACUUGACUCCCUCAAACACGGCAAUGCACAUUUUUCUAUAAAACACUGACCUCAGUUCAAUAUUGGUUCAUCGGGGGAAGAAAGCAAGGAAAGCCAUUCAUUGUAUUGCAGAACUUGUUUGCAGUUCAGAUCCAUUUGUUUUUCAGUUCUCAUGGGUUUCGAUUCGAGUUCAUUUUCUCCAAGGUACAAGGAUCUUCUGAAGGUGAGCUGUGCUGCUUCUAAGAGUGGUAAUUACUUCGAGGAGACAAGCUCAGGAGACACACUCAUCAUAGGCUUUUGUGGGUCUUCAAGUGCCAAUGCCUUCAAUAAAACGACAACCAAAUUUGGGGAGUGUGCAAUCAAUGAGAAUAAUGGGUAUUUUAGUUCCCUCGUACAUUGGAGUCCAGCAAAUGGUAAAAUCCAGCAAGCCCUUGUGCACAAAGGGGCGCUUGACAAAUUUUUAGACAUUUGUCGUAAUUCCGACCUUGAAACAAAGGUUACAAAGGCACUUGAAGGAAACAAAACUGUUUUGUUUACAGGCCAUUCCAUUGGAGGGGCAAUUGCCACUCUCGCCACACUUGCGAGUUUGGAGAAAUGGGGUAAGGAUGCCCCUGUUUUCGCCAUCACAUUUGGGUUUCCUCUGAUUGGAGAUGAAGUUCUUGCCAGAGCAGUUCGAAGGCAGGGGUGGGCUAAUAAUUUCUUCAAUGUUGUUACAAGGGGUGAUGUUUUUGCUAGAAUUUUGUUAGCUCCUUGGGAAUCCGUGUGUAGCCAUUUGGGAGUCCUGCUGCCUUACUGGCAGAAAUCUGCUGAGCAGAUGAAUGAUGAUGGUACAGACGAAAUCAUGAAGGAGGCCCCUCCUACAGAGUUGGAUGAGCAUUUACGCAUAGUCCUGCGUCAUGCCUGUGCAGUUGUUAACUUCAUGACUGUUAACAAUAUGGAGCCUACAAACAAACUGACAGCAGGUCUGAAACCUGCAAUCAAGUUAAGCCCUUACAGGCCAUUUGGGUAUUACUUGUUUUGCUCAGACAACGGAACCCUUUGUGUUGAAAACUAUGAGGCUGUGUUGCCCAUCCUCUUUUAUUCAUUGUCUACUUGUAAAGAUCAGGCUAAUGUCUCAGACCACACUGGGUAUGGUAAAGUGUUCCAUGGCAACACAAACAUUGCCAAUUUGGAAGGGCUUCAGAAUCUUCCUUUGUCACAAAGUGCAGCACUGUCUUCUGCCAUGGAAAUCCAACUCGACGCUCUUGGAAUUGGCAUUCAGAACGCUCAGGCCAGACUUGCCUUGAGAGCUGCAGGAGAGCAUGAAAAUAAGCUCAGGCAAAAUUUCAGUGAAGUGCUGGAAGAACUGAACAAGCUGGAGAAAACAGAAAUGACAAAACUGAAAGAGUACAGAAACAAAUUUCUGAGUCAGAAAAGCAUGCCAUACUAUGAGGCCUUCAAGGCACACAAAGAAGAGACUGAUUUUAAGGCCAAUCUUAACAGGCUAAAGCUUGCUGCUCUGUAUGACAGGAUCGAAAAUCUGGUAGAUACCCACCAGUUGCCUGAUGACUUUCAGUGCAAUGAAGAACUGAUAAGAAAAGGGACAGAAUAUAGGCUUUAUGUGGAGCCUCUGGACAUUGCUAAUUAUUACAGGCUGGGCAAGCAUGAAGACUCUGGUCAUUAUAUGAAAAAUGCAAGGCCUCGUCGCUAUAAAGCUCUUGAAAAAUGGUUGGCAGACAAAAAAAUGGAGGACAAGAGUAAUCAACCAAAGAUAACAAUGGACUCCUGCUUCUGGGCUUAUGUGGAAGAAAUUUCAUGUUUAAUGAAUAACCCAAAAGAAAAGGAAGAGGAUGUAAAGACCCAGUGUGACAACUUCCAGAAUAAAGUGAAGGGAAUAAGUGAUCAGUUGUGUGUGGAAGAGGUUCUGAUGGUACAAUCCAGUUUUACAGAAUUGUUGAAGAAGCUGAAACAACAAAGUGGGGGAGGAGUCUUUCCUCUCUCCCCUCUUUUCAACAUGAUAGCUCAAUAGUUGCUAAGAGUUUUCAGUCUAUAGAGUAGAAGGAUAUGAGUUUUUCAGUCUAUGGAGUAGAAUGAUAAAAUAUAUAUUAUGUAUAUAUUCUAGUCGAUAUUUUAGUCACAUUCAGUUAUGCUGCCAUGAACAUUCUCUUAUGAGAUAUUAUCCUGAUCAGAUUUACAGUGAUCAAUAAGCCUUUCUUUUAGUUUUCCUAUAAAUGUGUUCCAAAAUCUCAUGGUGAGUCUUGCCAUGAUGUUUAACAAUAUUAUCUUUCAUAUAAAAGAGUUGAUUGUGAAUCUUUGCUCUCAUAUAAAA